GGACACCAGGUUUAUGAUAAAUUGGGAUACAGAUCUGCCUCCACAGAAUAUCAAAAGAAACUGAAGAGCCUACAAAAAGAGUUAGAAACAAAAUUCAAGAAAACACACAUACAAAUUUGUGGUCACCUGGAGUCCGGGGCCUGGCCCAGCUCUCUCAGGAUUCAGCAGACACUGGAAGUGGUGGCCAAGGACACAGUGGUAGUCAAUGUUAUUUGAGCAGGGUCAGCAGGCCCUGGAGCUUCUGGAGUGCACCAUGCAGAAGGCUGCAUACUAUGAAAACCCAGGACUCUUCAGCAGCUAUGGCUACAGCAAAGGCACUGAUACUUAUGGCUACAGCAACCCUCAUCAGCCCUAUCCACCCCCUACUGCUGCCAACUCCCUGGACACUGAUUAUCCAGGUUCUGCCUGCUCCAUCCAGAACUCUGCACCUCUUCGAGUCCCAGGCCACAAGGGGGCUGAACUCAAUGGCAGCUGCAUGCGACCUGGCACUGGGAACAGCCAGAGUGGGGGUGGUGGCAGUCAGCCUCCUGGUCUGAACUCAGAGCAGCAGCCCCCACAACCCCCACCUCCACCACCCACCCUGCCCCCUUCCUCACCCACCAAUCCUGGAGGAGGAGUUCCUGCUAAGAAGGCCAAGGGUGGGCCCAAUGCUUCUAGUUCCUCAGCCACCCUCAGCAAGCAGAUCUUCCCCUGGAUGAAAGAGUCUCGACAGAACUCCAAGCAGAAGAACAGCUGUGCCACUGCAGGAGAGAGCUGCGAGGACAAGAGCCCGCCUGGCCCAGCGUCCAAGCGGGUGCGCACAGCAUAUACUAGUGCUCAGCUGGUGGAGUUGGAAAAGGAAUUCCACUUCAACCGCUACUUGUGUCGGCCGCGUCGCGUGGAGAUGGCCAACCUGCUGAAUCUCACCGAACGCCAGAUCAAGAUCUGGUUCCAGAACAGGCGCAUGAAGUACAAGAAGGACCAGAAGGCCAAGGGCAUCCUGCACUCGCCAGCCGGCCAGUCCCCAGAGCGCAGCCCGCCGCUCGGCGGCGCCGCGGGCCAUGUGGCAUACUCUGGCCAGCUGCCGCCGGUGCCUGGCCUGGCCUACGACGCGCCCUCCCCGCCCGCUUUCGCCAAAUCGCAGCCCAACAUGUAUGGCCUGGCCGCCUACACGGCGCCGCUCAGCAGCUGCCUGCCACAGCAGAAGCGCUACGCGGCGCCCGAGUUCGAGCCCCACCCCAUGGCGAGCAACGGCGGCGGCUUUGCCAGCGCCAACCUGCAGGGCAGCCCAGUGUAUGUGGGAGGCAACUUCGUCGACUCCAUGGCGCCCGCAUCCGGGCCGGUCUUCAAUCUGGGUCACCUCUCGCACCCAUCUUCGGCCAGCGUGGACUACAGUUGUGCCGCGCAAAUUCCUGGCAACCACCACCAUGGACCAUGCGACCCUCAUCCCACCUACACAGAUCUCUCCGCCCACCACUCGUCUCAGGGACGCCUGCCCGAGGCCCCCAAACUGACACAUCUGUAGCGGUCGCCGUGGGCCCGAAUUCGCGGCGCAAUUACCUCUUUUGCUUUGGUGGUGGUGGGGAGGGGUGGCGAGUGGGGCCCGGGGGGCUUCGGAGAUCCCCCUUUCCCGCUCUGGCCCAACCAUCAGCGGCCAGAGGCAUAGGUGACCGGGCCUCCCCUCCGUGCGCGUCCUCCUUUGGGUGACUCGCCAUAAAUCAGCCGCAAGAAUACUCCCCCCAUAAGCCUGACAGUGCCAUAUACUGCGGACCGAGGGACUCUAAUCUGGUAAUAGUGCCCCGAAGGUAAGUCUGAGACCCAUCGGCGGCGCGCCCUGCAGAGGCACUAGAGCCUGGAGAGUCCUGGGCCUGGCCCGCGUCUAGCUUAGUUUCUGAGACCUUAAUUUAUAUGCUCCUUCCCAUCCUGUAAGGAUUGCAUCGGACUAAACGAUCUGUAUUUAUUAUUUGAAGCGAGUCAUUUCGUUUCCCUGAUUAUUUAUCCUCGUCUUAAUGUAUUUAUAUGUAUAUUUGUAGAAUUCUCCAGCCGAGCUUAGGAACGCGCUCCCAGGCCGUGGGGGCCACAUUUCACCUCUUUAGUCCCUUGGUCUGAACUAGUUGAGAGAGUAGUUUUGAACAGUUGUAACCGUGGCUGGUGUUUGUAGUUGAUGUAAAGGAUUAAGACCACAAAUUGUCCUUCAUGGGUAGAGUCAGGCAGCCCAGUGGCAUGGCAUGACACCCGUUAGUCAUUUCUCAACAGCCAUUUCUCAACAGCCACAGCCCUCACCACUCGACACAGUUUAAUGAUUUCAAAUUGUCUGGUACUAUUUGAACAAAUAUUUAGAAUAAAAAAUUUUCUCAGUUGGAAGUGUAUCUGUGUUAAUCACACACACUUGCAAGCAGAUCACUUUGCCUAUAUCUUUCACACAAUCCCAGUGGAAGGCUUUAUGAAAGACUGACCCUUUGAAAAACAUCAUUCUAUUAAUUUGGAAUCUGCUGCACUAGUUGGUCUGGGAGGUACUCCAUUAUUUCAUUCCAGCUAUUGAUAUGGUGGGGGGAUCUGAGGAUGCAAACCUAGAAAUGUUCUGGGUGGGAUGACUGGGAUAGGGUUUUGCUAAAGCAGAGCCUGCUUUGCUGUUUCUACCACCUUCUUUCUAGAUACAAUCUAAUGUUACAUUAGAGAGGCCAGAGCUCAUUUUUCUGCAUUAAGUAAUAAAAAAUAAACUUUGAAAGAAAACUGACAAUCAAAGACAAGAUACAAGAGAAGUUGUAAGAAGAAUUGUACUUUGAAAAAGCUAAGGUGCAUGGGGGAAAAAAUCCGAUCAUUUGGAGACAGGCACCCAAGCUUUUUCUCUAGGAAGCGUUGUCAUAAAUUUUUCCUUUGUGGUAGUUUGUAGUUCAUUUCUAAAGAAAAACAAAUGUUCUCCACGAUGUAAAGUAAUAAAAGUUUCAUUAAUGGAACAUAACACGUAUAAACACCUUGUUUACUCCUGUUUCUUUGUACAAAAGGGGCAAAAUGUCUUCAAAGAUUUAUAACCGUUUUUGUAAAUAUUAGCGUGGCUCAAGCUAGGGACAGACAAUUUGCACCCAAUUCCAUGGGAGGGGGGCACUUGGAAAAUGCAUUCAGAUAAGGUUUAAUUCUUUUGUAUUUCAGCAAAGUUGACCCACGCAUCUCUGUUUGAUUUGACAAAUAAUGCAACUCCUACUACAUCCCCGGUGACAGGAGGUGAAAUUCCUAUCGUUUGGAAAUAAUUUAACUUCUUCUGGUGGAACAACAAUCGUUUCUAUUUGGAUGUUUGUGUUUCGCUAAGUAAUGAUGGUUCAAAAUAAUAUUUAGGUUUUUUUGUUCCUUUGUGCUGUUUUUAAAAUGGCAUGUUAGGUUGUGGUGGGAGGGGAUAUCUUUUUGCUAAAUUUCACUUUAUCUGAGCGGGGUUUAAAGUAUAUAUGUUGUAGAAGUGUAUCAACAGAAUAAAUGACUUCAAACGAAGGCAUAUUUUACCCAUUUUCAAGAUUUAACAUUGUUUUAUAUGAAAUUUGCAUCCAUAGGCAAAAUUUCUAAUUGUCUUGUAAGAAAUUAUUUUUUAAGCUAUUAGGGAAAUCAAAGAAAAGCUCGCUGCCUUGCAGGGAUUACAACCACCUUUCUUAACUGGCUAAAUAUUAAAUAGAUGAAUUGUCAGGCUGUUUAGAUUCAGCCCGGUUUUCCCUCAUCUCCUCUUCCUACCAUAAAUAAUAAUAAAAAUACAUAAUGCA